AUGACUGGUCGCGGUGGUGGCGGCGGUCGCCGCGUUUUGCUGCCUCCUAUUAACAUGAUCUUUAAACUGCUUCAGUCGAAUGCCACAGUCAGUGUCUGGCUCUACGAGCAGCUCUCAAUCCGAAUUGAGGGCAAAAUUCGAGGCUUUGACGAAUUCAUGAACCUCGUUAUCGACGACGCCGUUGAGGUUGCUCAGAUCACCAAGACCAACGAUAAAGAAACGAGACGGCCAUUGGGCCAAAUCUUGCUCAAGGGUGACAACGUAUCACUGAUCCAGAGUUUGUCAAACUAA